CACAUGCGAUCUUACUCGACGAUGGGCGAUGGGACGGCCGAGAAUCGCCUGACAAGCUAGCCGUAGAACACACGCGUGUGGACCUGUGACCACACAGCAUCUUGGUCCAGGAAGAUCUUAUGGACAUACGUACGAGAUCAUAUUUUGACCCUUUGACUCAGCCGAUACCAAUAAAUGCCCUUUGUGAUAAAAAUAUUUUUCGUUUUCUGUUAAAUGUGUUUGAACUUUGUUGAGUUUGUGGACUUCUUCGGUGUAGUGUUGACUUGGUGGAAAUGAUUUAGUGAAAAGGAUUUUUGUUUUAUAAUGGACAGCUGAUUUUCUCGGUAAAAAGGACAUUCGAAAAAUUUCCAAAAUGAGAAUCAAAAUGCCAGCCGUUCGGAUUGCACAAGUAGAUGCAGAUGGAGUGGAAGAUCCACAUCAAGACAUCCUCACCUGCGGUGUCUGCCAAAAAGCAUUCGCACUAUCUGACAUAGUUCGAUUUAUACAGCAUAAAGUGAGUUCCUGCAACAAAGAAAAUUUCAACCAGUGUUACACGAAUAAUGAAAGGGAGAGAGAUAAUGACGACGGAAAUUUACCAUUAUCCAGUAUUAAUACAAGGAGGCCCAGUAUUUCGGCGCCAAUCUCUGGCAAGAAAAAUAUGGGUAACAGGGUACAUACACCUCCGCCGGCCUCCCCGAGGCUACCAGCACCAGGAGACCUCUGCGUCGAUGGAGCGGCGUCUUCAACACCCAAGAGGCGGGCAUCCUCACCGUUGACCAGCUCCAGCCCUGAAGAAGAUAUAAAACCCCUUAUCAAACAGGAAAAAAUGGACAAUACCAUGUCAUCUGAGGAGAACAGUUGUAAACGAUCGAGGACAGAAGUAGCUGAUGCUGAAUCGAAUACAACACAUAGCGAACCUAGCAACUACGUUUGUAGUACCUGCAAAGCACGCCUGCAUUCGGCUUGGAGACUGGUACAACAUGUUCAGCACGCACAUGGAAUCAAAAUCUAUGUAGAAAGUUCCCCUUCAAGUUCAAAAAGCGGCAACAACAAUAAUCAUAGUGCAAGUAGCACGACAAGUAGUUCUUCAGGGUGUUCAUCUGGUGGUGGCAUACCACCCCCUCCUCCAAAUAUGAGACAUCACCUGCUGCCCCCUCCUGACAUGCACAAUCCAUUUGGUGUGGGAGGUUUACUGAGGCUACCUUUACCGCCUCUGAAUCAUGGCCCAGUUCCACCAACGCCACUUUUUUCACGACCCGAACAUCAUUACCGGAUAGACCAACUAGUGAGCGAGCAAUUUCGCCACCACGGAUUGAAUUUGGCAGCGGCUGCUGCUGCGGUUGCUGCAGGAAAUGUUCCACCACCUCCGCCUCAUCCGAAUUUUCCAUCGCCAGCUGAGAGAGUCAGUUCAGUGAACAACUUACCGCCCAGAGACAGGAAUACUCCUAAUCAAGCUCUUUCUUUAGAACCACAACUGGAUUUUUACUCACAGCGGUUGAGGCAAUUGGCAGGCACCACCAGCCCGGGAGCGGCGCAGGCGAGCUCGCCGUCACCCCGCAAGCACUCACCGCCUUUCGCAAGUCCUUCCCCUUCUCAGUUGCCGCCAACUUCUAUCCCCAAUAAUACCAGUUCUGGUAGUAGUAACUUCAAUAAUAACAACAAUAACAACAGUAGCAAUAGUGGAAACAGUAGCAGACCACCCAGUACAUCUCCCCCUAAUAAAGGGGAGGAACAGCUCAUAAACACUCCCCGGUCAGCGUCAACUCCACCUGGCAAACCGGGAUCACCUAGAAAUUCGAAUUCUGCUGAUGCAAUUCACGCUUGUGAUUACUGUGGUAAAAAAUUCCGUUAUCUGAACAACCUAGAAGUUCAUCGCAGAGCUCAUACGGGAGAACUCCCUUAUAAGUGUACAGUCUGCGAUCAUGCUUGUGCUCAGAAUUCCAAACUCAAAAAGCAUAUGAAAAUACAUAGGACAUCAGUAGAUCGAACUAGUAAUGCUGGCUCUGUAGAGACUUUGGAUGGUGACGAUAGCGAGGAUGAAGAGCUGGAAGAUGAGGAAGAGGAUGAGGAAAUCGACGAAGAGGAAGCGGAAGAUUUGAGUUUACCCAGUCAGAUUCCAAAAAACGCUGCGAAUCCAUCAGCUUCACUGGUCGGUGAACUGAUGGAUAAAUUUGGAUUCAACAAUAUCGCGCAGUAUAGUGAAGCUUACAAACAAGCAUUACAAGAGUCUAACACAGCCAUGAAACUUCAUUUAGCAAGUAAAGAUCGUGACAAUAACAAUACAAGUUUAUCUAGCCAAUUAAAAAUGAGGGAGGAUUUUUCCAAAGGAAUGCUGCCUGGUCCACCACCCCAGCCGCUUCCGUUAUUCCCCCCGUUCAAUGAUUCCUACGACACAUCUAAGAGACUGAAGUUAGAGUUAGAUCGAAACGAUUGGUGGCUACCAGGUUUAACCCGUGAUUCUAAAGGAGGUAUACCAGGGCCUAGUGCACUUCUACCAAACCCUCUAAUGAAGAAGGAGUCCAGGAGAAAUGAUACUUGCGAGUACUGUGGUAAAGUGUUCAAGAACUGUUCUAACUUGACCGUUCACAGAAGAUCACAUACAGGCGAAAAACCCUAUAAAUGUGAACUAUGUUCCUAUGCAUGUGCCCAAAGUUCCAAACUAACAAGACACAUGAAAACGCAUGGUCGGAUAGGCAAAGAUGUGUACAGAUGUAGAUUUUGUGAAAUGCCGUUUUCAGUUCCGUCUACUCUAGAGAAACAUAUGAGGAAAUGUGUGGUCAACCAAGGAAAAGGUCACUUACUCAGCACGUUGCCCUUGUUGUCGGGAGAUGAAGAUUCGUCUACAAGUAUCACUUCUAAAGAGGCAGUAUGACUCUAUCCGUGGGGUGGUAUGAGAUUGCCCCCGCCACCUCCAAGUUUAACGUACUAGUCCCAAUAAACUAUUUGAAAGAAUUGUUAUUGUGAAAAGUGAUUUGCCUCUGUUGGAAAGUCUGGUGAAAUUUGAUAUUUCAGUGACCUUGACUUGCAAAUUGAACUUGGAAAAUCGCAUUGGUAGUUUGACGAAUAUGGUUAUUUCAGUAAACUUAUUAAUCAAAUUAUUUUGUUGACGUCAACGACUAUGCUGUGUCCACGUUGAAAAGGUAUAGAUCUUACCUUAAAAAUUUCCAUAUUUGUAAUACCCAUGCAUUUUUCCGUAUUUUUUGAAUGACUUAUCUUUGUAUAUUAUUACUUGAAAAUUAUUCCUGAACUACAGAAAAUAGGAAUACGAUCAUGUUGUUCUUUGUAACCGAUACCAAAGCAAUGUUUAACUUUUUCUUAUUGAUUGAUUAUUGAGUUUAUUGAUUAAUUAUUACUUGUAAAUUUGUAAUUAAAUUUAUAUUUUGAGACUGAGGGUUGCAAGAUUGGGUUAAGUAUUAUGUUAUAUAAGUAAAGACAGUUAGGCGUCGAACCUCCGAACUUACAGCCCCACUGUACAUUCCCUAUCAUAUCGUUUUUUGGCCAGUAUACGCUGAGUUUGUAUAUAUUUUAUUUAUUAUAUGUUCGGUUAGACCUACUGUAUCAUGAAAUGAAUUGUUCAAUAUAUAAUGUUUCCCGGUGUCACUCUCAAAUGUGUUGUAUAAUUGAUGAUCCCAAAUCAUCGCUUCACUAAUAUAUUUUUUGUAUGCAGAGUAAUAAAAGCUACUUCACAAAUAUUUUCAAUUCACUAAAAUGUCACCAUCAGUUGAACAUAAUUUCGAAAGGACUUCAUUAAGAA